ACACUAAUCGAAGGACGGUGAAACCACCAACAAAAUAAAACGCAAUCCAAUUACAUAAGCAAAAAAAUUAAUAUCAAUUUGAAUGUUAUAGAGAGUGACAUCCUUAAUUUCUUAAAAAAUAUAGGAUAAGGAUGCAAUUUAUAUUGUUCCUAUAUAUGAAAAAAUAAAAAUGAAAAUGAGUUGAUAUUAUUACUAUAAAUACAAAAAGGUAAAUGGUUUGGAGUUUGGACAUUGUCUCCCUUAUAUAGAGCUACAUGACACAAAGUAGGAUAUACUUUCAUUUACAAGAAAAGAUGAAAACUGCCUUGAACUAUGUUUUCAUACUUUUGUUGCUAUGGUCUUUGUUGUUAGAGCAGAACGCUAUUACAAGCCAAAAGUUGGCGAGCGAAUUGGGAAGACAACUGGAGCAGUUUAAUAAAUAUGUAGUUGUCACUAUUCAGACAAGACAUGGAGAUACAUAUGAUUGUGUAGAUUUCUACAAGCAACCUGCAUUUGAUCAUCCUUCGUUACAUAAUCGUAAGUUCGACCUUAAGGAGAUGAACUUUGCUUUUGAAGAUUUGGAAGGAAGGGUAACUGAUUCAAGUUCAUUUAGAAGUAAAUUAUCAGGCAUAUGGUUGAAUGAUGAAGGAUGUCCAAUUGGAACAGUGCCAAUAAGAAAAAUUUCAAAAACCAAUUUGCUAAAAGCAAACCUGACUGCUAGUGUUGCACCCGAUCUCAAUCCACGUGUUCAUGUUGCACUACUUAGGUCUACGGGUGAAAAAAAGUAUUAUGGAGGUGGAAUGUACACUACCGUAUAUAAUCCAAUUGUUCGCGAAAAUCAAUACAGUGCUAGCCGUAUGAAACUUCAAAAUGGUCCCGAUAGUAUUGCUGUGGGAUGGAUGGUUAAUCCAAGCUUGUAUCAAGACAAACAAGCUCGAAUUUUCAUAUACACUAAGACGACGGACUCACAUUGCUACAAUACCUUUUGCCCCGGGUUUGUGAUUACAAAUCAUGAUAUACCAUUGGAUCUUGCUUUGACGCCCAUUUCCGAAAGAGGCAAAUCCCUGUAUGAACAAAAUUUCUUCAUUCGCAAGCAUCCCACAACUGGAGACUGGUUUCUCAUGAUUGGACGUUACAUUAGGAUUUUGGGAUUUUGGCCAAAAGAGAUAUUCACCGAAUUAGCAGAUUUUGCUAACUACGCGGAAUGGGGAGGAGAAGUUUACAAUCCAGAUCCAGACGGUGUAACGCCUCCUCAAAUGGGGUCUGGGCAGUUUCCUGUUGAAAACCUAAUCGAAGAUGGGCUUGCAAGGCUAGUGUUAGCUGUAAAUGAAAACUAUGAAUAUGAUUACAAUCCUUCAGAUUGUGAAGCCUAUGCAGACGAUGAGGGAUACAAAGUGAUUGAUAAAGGAGAUGUCGGACCUAAAUUUCAUCGUCUUGUUCUCUUCGGUGGUGAUGGCAGCCAUCCUUAAUAUUAUUUAUUUUCUUACAACAAACAAUAGUCUCAUCUUUAUGUUUGGGCGUGCGAAAUAAUUGUCGGGAGUGGAUCAUAAUAGUCAAUAAGAUAAGAGCUUAUUUAUGUUUCGAUUUUCUCAAUAUUGCAUUAAAAUGUGAAAAAUGUAAGCUUAGUUGUUACAAGGCUAUUCUGAACCAUUUCAAUUGAUAUGGUAUAACCAAGGUUGUGACACCGAUUUAUAUUGUUACAUCGGUUUAGCAAGGAAUAUAGUCAAACCGGAGUAUAACCGAUUUAUUCCAGUUUAACAAAAUAUGUAGAGAAGUAAGGAACCAUUAAUAUAAAAUGAAUUUAAAUUUAUAAA